AACCACCUUCGAGAAUCAAUCGCCGCCUCGCGCGAGGUCACGUGCGGCGCGUCUCUUUCGCGACACCCUUUCCCUUCCCGUUUCUGUGCUUUCUCGUCUCGCGAGACCCUAAGGAAGGCGCCGAGCGGAGUUAAAAAAAAAAACGUUAAGAGGGAGGAAAGGAAGGGGGCGUUGACGUCAGUCAUUUGGCAUCCUCACCCCCUCCUUUCUAGCCGUUGGUAUAAUCCUCACCUCUCUUGGAACGUUGUCCUGAGGAGAAUUGGACGGUUCCUUUUCUUUGCCGGGGGGAGGGGGUGCAUGGAAGAGGCCAUGGAAGGGCAAACUUAUCUGAGGCGAAGCGGUCGUGCCUUCUCUGCCUGUCAUACCUUGGGCUGACCCCAACGAUCGGCUAUGUUGCUGCCUCAUGGAAGGCGACGGGCUCUCCGUGAGGAGGACCCCGCGGAGGCAGACGCCGAGACGAGGAGCCGACUCGUGGGGCAAAAGGACCCGGGACGGGUCUGGCUCCGGUACUCCGCCGGCUCCCAAGAAAUGGAGCUCCGGCGGAGGCGAGGGGUCUCAAGAGGAACCGGAGCCUGAGUACAUUGAUAGUGAAGAUGACAUGUUUGGGGAAUAUGACAGUUUUUCUGGGAGCAACUCUUUAUUGGCUGAAGUUAAUGAUAUUGAACAAAGGUGUAUUCAACUUACUGAUGAUGUGGAUUCUGAUAACUUAGAUCACAGUAAUGUCAGAAAUGUGGCAGUGGCAGAGACAUUUUCAGCUACAAGUGUUGUGACCAGCUCCGCAAACAGAAGAGAAUAUGAUUUCCUGAGGAAUGCAAAAGAACAUCAGAAUAGCAAUCUAAAGCAUCAAGAUACUGAUCCAGAGAAUCUGCCUUCAUCACAGCUUUUAUUUCUUAAAAUGUCAGAUGAAUGCUUAAUUGGCUGUCACGAAGCAGUAAGUGUAAAAGAAGGUGUCUAUGGUAUGGAUGACAAUCUCAAAAAGAGCUCAGAUCUGCUUUAUUGUCAUGAAACAAAAAAUGUGGUAAAAGAUAGUGAACCAUAUACAAGUCUUGUAUCUGAACCAGGAAGGAGAAAAAGUCUCAAAGAUUAUCUCAAAAGAGAAAUGACUGGAAAUGCAAGAAUCCCGACUCCACUGUUGUCUAAAAGUAAGCAGCUCAAAGAAGCUGUAGUAUCUGAGGAGACUGGUGUUACUGAGAAAAGAAAUGGCUCUUCCUUUAUUGAUAUUGGCCCUUUCUAUGGCUUACCCACCAAAGUCAAGGAGCUCUUACUACACUUCAGAGGAAUUGAGAAACUUUAUGAUUGGCAGCAUGCUUGUUUAACAUUAGAAUCAGUGCAACAGAGAAAGAAUUUAAUAUAUUCCUUGCCAACCAGUGGUGGAAAAACACUUGUUGCUGAAAUUUUAAUUCUUCAAGAAUUACUCUGCAAGCAAAUGGAUGUUUUAAUGAUCCUGCCAUAUGUGGCUAUAGUACAGGAAAAGGUUACAGGGUUGUCAAGUUUUGGAAUGGAACUUGGUUUUCUGGUUGAAGAAUAUGCAGGGAAUAAAGGAAGGAUUCCUCCAAUCAAAAGAAGGCUAAAGAAAUCUCUGUAUGUUGCUACUAUUGAGAAAGGACACAGCCUGGUGAAUUCCUUGAUAGAAACAGGCCGAAUCAAUGACCUUGGUCUCGUUGUAGUUGAUGAGUUGCAUAUGCUUGGAGAAGGAGGUCGUGGAGCUAUCCUAGAAAUAACACUUGCAAAGAUUAUCUAUGCAAGCAAAACAACUCAGAUAAUUGGAAUGAGUGCAACUUUAAGCAACGUUGAAGACCUUCAGCAGUUCCUGAAAGCAGAGUACUACACAAGUAAUUUCAGACCAGUCAAAUUGAAAGAAUAUGUUAAAAUACAAGACAGCAUAUAUGAAGUGGAUAGCAAAGCAGAAAAUGGUCUUACCUUUUCACGUCUCCUAGAGUUCAAGUAUUCCAGUAGUCUGCAGAAGAUGGAUCCUGACCACCUUAUUGCAUUGGUGACAGAAGUGAUACCAGAGUACUCCUGCCUUGUUUUCUGUCCCACUAAAAAGAACUGUGAAAAUGUAGCUGAAAUGAUAUGCAAGCACUUGAACAGAGACUUCAAAAAGAUCAAAGAGAAAGAAAAACAAGAUCUUGUUAAAGAUUUAAUGGAUAUCUGCAGUGGAAGACUCUGUCCUGUACUGAAGAGAACAAUUCCAUUUGGAAUUGCCUAUCACCAUAGUGGCCUUACCAGUGAUGAAAGAAAGCGAGUAGAAGAGGCUUAUUCUUCAGGCAUCCUCUGUCUACUUACCUGCACAUCUACCCUCGCUGCUGGAGUUAACUUACCAGCCCGAAGGGUUAUUCUAAGAGCACCUUAUGUUGCUAAAGAAUUUUUAAAGAAGAACCAGUACAAACAGAUGAUAGGCAGAGCUGGUCGUGCCGGUAUUGACAGAGCUGGUGAAAGCAUUCUUAUAGUGCAAGAAAAAGACAGACAGCUGGUUCAAAACUUAGUAUGCAGCCCUCUGGAAAACUGUUAUAGCAAUCUUCUGCUUGAACAGAACAAGGGUAUCCGAAGUUUACUCUUAUCAUUGGUUGGAUUAAAGAUAGCAACCAGUCCUGAAGAGAUUUACCAGUUCAUGGGUAUAACCUUGCUUAGUGCCCAACCACAGCUUCUGCCUAAAGAAAAGAGCCUUUAUGAUGUAACUACAGAAGUGUUGCAGUGGUUAACACAACAUGGACUCCUAAAAGAAAAAGUGAGCUGUGAUUGUCUCCAAAACAUUCAGCAGAAUUUAGAAAUCACUCCACUGGGUCAAGCCACUUACAAAGGUUCUGUCGAUUUGACAUAUUGUGACACACUGUAUGCAGACUUGAAGAAAGGGCUUCAGGGGCUAAUCCUUGAAAGCUACCUUCACUUACUCUACCUGACAACACCUUAUGAUAUGAUAUCUCAGUGUAGUCCAGAUUGGAUGAUCUAUUUUAAACAGUACAGUCAACUAAGUCCAGUAGAACAACAAGUAGUAGACAUUGUUGGAGUGCCUGAGAGUUUUAUUACAAAAAAGGCUUCUGGACAAACUAUCAAAAAGGAUGUGGAUAGCAGAAAUGUCAGUAGACUUUAUUUAUCCUUGAUUCUUCAUGCCUUGUUAAAAGAGACCAGCAUAUGGAAUGUCGCUGAAAAAUUUAAUAUACCACGAGGAUUUGUUCAAAGUCUUCUUAAUUCGGCUGCUUCAUUCUCUUCAUCAGUUCUACGUUUCUGUGAGGAACUGGGUGAAUUUUGGGUUUAUAAAGCACUGUUGACAGAACUUACAACGAGAUUGACUUAUUGUGUAAAAGCAGAGCUUAUCCCUCUUAUGGAAGUGACAGGAGUUUUAGAGGCUCGAGCCAAACAACUCUACAACUCUGGAUAUAAAACUUUAGCACACUUAGCUAAUGCAAAUCCAGACCUGCUGGUGAGGAAUGUUGCACAUUUAUCCCGACGUCAGGCAAGACAAAUAGUUUCAUCUGCAAAGAUGCUCCUGGCAGAAAAGACUGAGGCUUUACAAGAAGAAGUUGAAGAACUAUUGAAAAUACCAACAGACAUUCCUGAAAGCUCUUCCAUAUGAAACACUCUUCCAUACAAGUCUAAGCAUCAAACUGUCAUUUUCUAAUCAACCUAAUGUUAGUAAUGUGCUGUAUAUGCUGUAUAUAUUUGUAUAUAAAAGUAAAAAAAUCUUU